AUGUGUCAAGGAUAUGACUACGAGUGUGAAUAUGAGACUGGAGACCAGAACCUACCCACGAAACGCCCCAUGGCCUCUGAAGAGUCACCAACACAGCCAGCGGGUAAAGCGGCGCGCCUAGCCUCCGCGGGCUCCCCCGCAAAACCGGCCACAGGCUCGUCUAUCCUCCCUGGUAUUCUCGAGCCAUCCAAGGCUCGAUAUGUGGGAAGAUAUUCGUCUGUCGCCUUUCCUCUCUAUGUUGGACUAGAGGUUCAGGCGACAAAGCUUCCACGUUUGCACUCAUUUGCAUAUCAUUCGGGCAUCCGCAAGGAGCCACCCUGUGCGGUUACCCACAAGAUCGCCGAGAAAGUCUCAUGGAAUACGAUGAGGAGCCUUAUUGAAGUCUAUAAGGCCCUGAUUCACCCGAUAUUCGGAUUUCUGGACAUGGAUCUUUUCUCUACGCGGUGCGAGAAGCACUGGCACGGGCAGCCACAAGACAUGGUUUUCGAAGCUAUGGUCAGCGGAGUUUUGGCUUUAGCCUCCUUAUUCAAUGGGAACCUGGAUCAAGAUGUGGAAAUGUGGCUAAUUCUACACGCAAAAGAAAUCCUCGAGGAUUGCUCUAUUAGCCGCUUUCCUUCCCUGGAACAAAUCGCGGCGUGGAUUUUACGAGCCAUAUACAUACGUUGUACCGGGCGACCGCAUGUGACUUGGCUGAUUAGCUGCACUAUCAUGCACCUUAUUGAGGCAACCGGACUACAUCAUGCGUCAGAGUACGUGGUGCAGACGACGGGCAGUCUUGCUCCCGGGCAGGAGGUAUCAAACACAGGCAUUCGAACGGUUCAUGUAGCCAACUGCCUUCAUAUUGUCAUUGCGUUCGAGUAUGGCAGAUCAAUCAUGGCUAUCAAUCGACCGACUCUCGGACAUACCCGACAAAUGACUCACGACGGGGGUUUAACUCCUCAAUUGUGCAAUCUUGUUGCAGCUCUACCUGCCACUCGGGCGACUGACGACCCUUCUGAUAUGACAGGAGAUCUUUCGUCCGCACUCGAAAAAGUCGUCGAGAUUCCUGUCGAUCAUGAUUUUUUGCUACUUCUAAGAGCCGAUCUAGCCCUGGGCAUAUACAGACGCCUUCGAGUCAUGGACUCGAAGGUUCAGCAAGUGCACAAUGACCGUGUAAUGGCCGCUGGGACUGCCGCUCUACCCGCGGCACGAAGACUGGUGAGUCAAGGCCAGCCGUGGUGGAAUGUAGUGGGUACUGCCUUCCAGUUCGCCUGCGCUCUUCUCGUCAUGGAUACUUCUUCCGGCUAUGAAAAGCUUGUGGAAACGAUGGACACCUUGGAAAUGGUGGUGGACCGAUUGGACACCCACUUAGCCAGGGAAGCGCUGUCAACAGCACGACAGCUUGUUCGAGCAUCGUUAGACAAGAAGCGAAAGGGGGUUGAAGCCCUGGAACGUAUUGUGGGAUCUCCUUCGCCAGAGCUUGCCGCUCGUCAAAGCGAAGGCCAGCUGCCACAGGAUUUCUCAUCACUGAGCCCAUCGCUUGCGCCUCAACUCCCUUUGGAUCUUGAUUCUUUAUGGGCUAUGGAAUUUCAACUGCCUUUGUGA